AUAAUCUCAAUCAUCUGCUCCGCCGUAACUUCUGUGUGUGCGACCGGAAUUUAAACAUGACGUUUUGAUAGAAUUGCUAUGACAUCACCGGAGUCCGUUGCACUUCCCGGGCUGAUAUUCGAUCUAAGAAACGACGAGUGCAUAAUGCGAACGUCCGUCGAUGCGUGAUUGCGGAUUCUGUCGUUUUGACAAUUAACGCCACACCUAAGUCACGCAAUUUAUUUAUCACAAACCUACAGGCACGUAUAUAUAUCUGUGGCGUACGCACUAGAAUAUUUCGUGUAGCUUGGCUGUGAUUAUCUGUAACUUUGUUCUGUAUGUAUGCGAUUCUCCAUCGGAGAUCGCACAAUCAAGUGUAUAGAAACAUUAGAAACGUAGAAAGACGAUAAUCUUCGGGCGAAACGUCUUUAUGAGAUCUCCUUCUCCUAACAUUCAGCAGAUUUACGCGUAGAGCGUGCUGCGGCAAAAAGUUGUAUUCAUGCCGUUUUGUCUGAGAGGUAACGCAACUUGCAAAAUGGAAGAAUAUUCUGUUGCAUCUGAUGUGUCAGUAGUGGACGUGUACGAUAUUGCAUCGGAGAUAGGGAAGGAAUGCGAGAAGCUCAUAGAUCUGUUUGGGGUGGAGUCGGUGACCAAUUUAAUGCCAAAGGUGAUAAACGCUUUAGAGCUACUUGAGAAUCUUGCUACUAAGAAUGAGCGUGAAAAUACUAUGGUGCAAGAGCUGAGUGCUAAGAUUUCUCAGCUUGAGAGCGAUAAGAUUGGAAAGGCUGAAGAUAGGCAACGAUUUGAAAAGGAAUUGGAACAAAUUGAGGAACACUGGAGACAAGAAUCACGCGAUUUAGUAGCAAUGGUUACUAGAUUACAAGAAGAAAACAGACGAUUAGCCGAAUCUCUACAUGAAUCACGUAGUGAUAGUCAGUACAGCAGUAAACAAACAACUAUCACAGCUAGUCAGGAGGUUGAUAUAGCAGUUCUACAACAUUUGAGGUCUAUGAUAGAUAAACAACGAGAGCAGAUCCGUGCUAGAGAUCGAGAAUUGUCACAAAAAACCGCAGAAAUUGAAAAUUUGAGUGCACAAGUGGAGAAACUUACCGUACUGGGACGGGAAUUGAAACGUAAACAACGACAAGCGCAAAUGCAAGCUCGAGGUUUAGUAGAAGAAAGAGCUGACUUUUUAGCACAACUGCAGGAUCAGAAUCGGGAACUUAUAAAUCUUCGGGGACGGCUUGGCAUGGCUAAGAAAGAAAAUGAGGAUUUGAGUAAAUUACAAGGCUGUCCUGAUUUGACGAACAAAGCAAUUUAUGACCUGGAUGAUCCUGAUAGGCCCAGAUUCACGACUGCCGAACUAAAAGAAAUUUUACACGAGCGAAAUGAAUUGAAAGCAAGAGUUUCGGAUCUCGAAGACGAACUAGAAUUAUAUAGACCAAAACCUGAAAUUCCUGAGGAUGACAAAGAUGCACCCGUGCAGGGGCCGCUUCCUUAUGAACCAGAUGAUGCACCAUGGAAAAAAUCCUCUGAAUCUGGAAUUCGUAAAUUCUUCCGAAAAAUAUUCUCUGAGUCUAGCAGCAGCUUUCUCGGAGGUAGUAGUCCCAGACGAAGUCUUUCUAGUCUUUCAAAAAUGGCCCUAUCUGGUAACAGUACCUGUGAUACAUCUAUAUAAUGCUUUUUUAAAAAUGCGUUGGAUAAUUUUAAGUAAUUAGAACUUGUCGAGGACGACAACCAAGGAUGACGUGGCUUAGGACUAGACUUUUUAUUUACGUAACCACAUUCUCUGACUGCUCGAUAUACAUACAAUUUUACAUCAGAUAUUUUAAUGUAGAGAUAGCAAUUCCUGUAAGAAAGAUAGUUGAUAUUGUUGAGACCUGGUUCAUAAUAGAUAGAUGUGCAUGCAAUGAGCGAAUAGAGGAAAUAUUAGAUUUGUAUAAACCUAUAAUACAACAGAAGAAACCUGUAUGCAUGUACAUAAUUGUAUAGAUGUAAAAAAAAAGACAAUGUGUAUUUAGCUGCACGACCUUAGUACAUCAUAACAUUUCUCAUUUUUUCCGUUUACUCCCCUUUAGAUGUUGAAUUCAUUGAAAUUAAUAGAUACGUAGGAUAUUCGUAAUGUAUGUAAGAAAAAGAUAGUGAUCAAAUAGAAAAAAAUAUUCCAGUUUUUUCAAACUUACUAGGUGCGUGUAGUUUUAAAUGUACAUUGAUGAGGUUCUAAUUGUGUCUAAUGUGAAACAGGUCUCGUUUUUCUAUAUAUAUAUAUAAAUUUAUUCUAGAUAUAAUUGUGAGUCGAUAACAUUCGGUUUCAACACAAUCAUUCUGAAACGCCCCUAUAUUAAAUUAGAAAGAAAGAAAGUAAGAAAUUUAUUACGAAAAAUAUUAGCUCAGCCAAGAUUCGAACCUCUCAACUUUCCGGGAAGAGUGUUGUCUCAAUGGUCGAGCUGGGUAAGACAUUCUUCCCGGAAAGUUGAGAGGUUCGAAUUCUGGCUGAGGUAAUAUUUUUCGCAAUAAAUUUCUUACUUUUUUUCUUUCUUUCUUUCUUUCUAAUUUAAUUUAAAAGGAAUUAGUAGCGUUUCAGAAUGAUUAUGUUGAAACCGAAUGUUAUCGGCUCGCAAUUAUAUCUGGAAUAAAUUGAUUUAAUAAAAAAAUAUAUAAUGUAUUAUUUGUAACAUCCAAAAUUUGACCGAUUUUAGUUUUCUUUAUCGUAUUCGAUGUAUUCAUAUACGGUCGUGCUUAAAAUUCUUAAUAUGUAUAUGCACGCGCGCGCGCCACACACACACACACACACACACACACACACACACACACACACACACACGCACGCACGCACAUGCAGAUACCAAAGUAUUUAAUCAUUGUUUGCUAAACUUCAAAAAGUGAUUUAUAUAUCUUAUAAUAAUUAUCUUUUAAUAAUUUUCUUUAUUCCAUCAAUUAUCUAUAUCUGAAUUAAUCUAUUCUAACCUUGCACUUAAACGCAAUUUUUAUAAUAAACUCUACAUUAGACA